AUGAGGAGCUGCUGUUCUCCUUCCUCUCUCCGUGGGAUUUCCAGAGCGGCGUGGAGGCAUGCGGUGGCCGGCAUUCCGACACUGAGCGGCGGAAGCCACCAGCAGCAGCAGGAAAACCUGCGCUGCCUCCCCUUCAGGCCUCCCGCGCCGCCCAAUGCCCAUGGCCUCGCCGAGCGCUUAUUCUCUUCCUCCUCCACCAAGCGCUCCACCAACAAAUCCGCCGCAAAGAAGGACACCCCGGUGGACUCUGCCAGCGGCGGCGACCCGUUCUAUGUCGUCCGCAAGGGCGACGUCAUCGGCAUCUACAAGAACCUCGCUGACUGCCAAGCCCAAGUCAGCAAUUCGGUCUGCAAUCCUUCUGUGAGCGUGUUCAAAGGCUAUUCUUUGCGUAAAGACACUGAGGAGUAUCUCGCUGCGCGUGGGUUAAAGAAUGCUCUGUAUUCCAUCAAUGCGGCAGAUGCAAGAGAUGAUUUGUUUGAUGAUCUGGCCCUCUGCCCUUUUCAGCACCCUGAUGGAAAUGCAACCUCUACUCUGGAAAGGCCACAGGAGAUGGAAACCAAACCAUCGAAGAAGCAUCCUAAAGUUGCUGAACAGAAACCAUUACCUGACAGCCAUCUGUCCUGUAUUCUUGAAUUUGAUGGUGCUUGUAAAGGAAAUCCCGGGAAAUCAGGUGCUGGUGUAAUUGUAAGGCGGCCGGAUGGAUCUUUGAUUGCUCAACUACGUGAGGGUUUGGGUAUUGCAACAUGUAACGCUGCUGAAUACCAUGCAUUGCUCCUGGGCCUGAGAUAUGCUGCUAAGGAGGGAUUCAAGUAUAUUCGUGUUCAAGGCGAUUCUAGUCUUGUAUGUAACCAGGCCCAAGGUCUCUGGCGUCCUAAGAGCGAUAAUAUGGCGGACUUGUGCAAGAAAGUUAAGCAACUGAAGCGAAAGUUUGUUCAGAUUCAAAUCAACCAUGUUUUGAGGGAAUUCAACUCCGAUGCCGAUGCCCAAGCUAACCUUGCCGUGGAACUUCCUGUUGGUGCGAUUCAGGAGCAGUCUAACAUCGCAUGCUAGCGUUUCAGAGUAGUUUGGAUAACAAGUCCUCAGCUGAGGAGAUUGUGUCCAGAUUUUUUUGGAUGGUGCAGAGCUUAGCUUGAGUAACUUAGCACUAGUGUUUACCACCUUACUGAUAUUAUGUGACUGGACUAUAUGCAAUAGCAGGUAGACACUAUUUAGUAGCAGUGUCAAUUGGUGCUGCACCGAACAAGGGAAAUAUGCCGGUUGCUGCGA